AUGGUAGAAAAAGAACCAAGGAUAACUGCCAAAGAGAUAAAAGCUGAACUCCAAGGUGAAGAGGUGAACCUUCUAGAGGAGCUCUCGCUGCAGGUGUCCAACAGCAGCAAUGCCUCCAUGUCUCUGGAUGCUCUGAGGUGUCCGGUGCUGCAGGUGGGACAGUACUCCACCCUGUCCCUGCCCCUGGCACAACUCUUCACUGACGGGUUUGCAGAUGAGUUCAGCCUGUUGGUGCAGUUGCGAAGCCCACAGCGAGAUGAACGCAGCGUGCUCACCCUGCUCAGCCAUGACAGCCACAUCCUGCUGCAACUACGCAUCAGCGCAUACACACUCACCUUCAUCAGCACGCAACAGCGCCACUACGAGUUCCCGGUCAGUGGUCUGUCUGAUGGCCAGUGGCACCACGUAGCUGUGAGUGUAUCAUCUGUUAGGCUGGCGCUGUAUGUGGACUGUGCCCUGGUGGAGAGUGUGGACUGGGUGUACCAGAGUAUGGGCAUCACUUCUGAAGGCCUACUACUGUUGGGAGGGAUCAUAGAGGGCUUCGAGACACCCUUUGAGGGCCAAUUCCGACAGCUGACGUUCCUGAUGGGCGACACAGAUGCCGGCCACCAUCACUGCACUCUUCACCCUGCCCAGUGUGGGGGGGCCCGGUUCAAGUCCCCCCGCUCCCCACGUACCAACCACGCCCUAGAGAAGCUCCUGCUGUCCUCAAAUGACCUGGUGGACCUGCUAGAGAGAUCCAAGGACUCCUCUUUCUUGGAUGUGCAAGUGGGGAAGACUGAUGUGUUUGGGCAGAGUGGGAGUCGGCGUGGGGACGGGACAUGGGGUCCCCGCCAGAAAGGCUCAGUGGGACGAGGGGAUGUCUUUGUGGUGGACGAGGACACAGACCUGGCUGAUCCAAACCUCCAGUGGGGACACCGCAACCCUCAGUGGAAACCCAGCAGUCAGGGCCCCAAAGGCAGCCGUGAGGGCAAGCCUGAGCCCUCCUCCAAACUCUUGGAGGAGAACAUCACCACGGACAAGAAGACAAAAGACUCUGGAGGGAGGGGCGUCGGCCUGUUUCCUGCAAAACCCUUGGAUGACAUCAUUAUUGAUUUGGACCCUGGGUUUUCCCCGAAGAAGCCCUCAGUGGAGUUUCCCCAUGUCGAUAAGACUCAGAUAGAGACCCCCCUGGACCAGGAGCACCCAGACUCUAACCUGCUGAGAGAGGAGGAGGAGUGGCCUCAGACCCCUUCUCAGACUGCCUUCACCCCCACCUCAGAGCCCCCUGCCCCCCCUGUGGAGGCUGUAACUGAGGAGAGGAGACCCACCACACACAUCCCCACCCAGCCAGACCCUGACCGGGCAAUCACUGUGGAACGAGGACCAGAACGCCCACGCACAGUGUCCAUCGUACACAGGGAAGGGGAUCUGGUUCUGGGCUCUGAUGGCCAGAUGUAUAGGCUCCAGAGAGGGCCUCCAGGCCGAAUGGGGCCCCCAGGAAAGGAGGGCUUUCCCGGUCACGCUGGCUUACGUGGGUUUAAAGGUGACAGGGGCCAGCUGGGGCCUGAGGGGCGUGCAGGGCGACAGGGGGAUCCAGGCCCCCCCGGCCCACCUGGUCUGCCGUCCUUCUACCUGUGGAAGAACACUAUUGAGGAGUGGGCUGCUUUUCGGCAAACAUCUUUCUACCAUUUGCUCUAUGCUGGCUGGCCUAGGGAGCAGGGACCCCCAGGACCAGCUGGGGAGAUGGGAAAGACAGGCCCACAGGGGCCAACAGGGGAUCCUGGCCAACGAGGGCCUCCAGGAAUAAUUGGAGAAAUGGGUGAGCCGGGCCAAAAGGGUGUGGUGGGCAGAGCAGGGCUCCAUGGGAAAUAUGGAGAGAAUGGGCUGGACGGUCAGUCUGGGAUGCCGGGAGACCCUGGGCGACAGGGACCCUUCGGGUAUAGGGGAGAAGGCGGUUCCAAAGGAGAAAAAGGGGACGAGGGCCUUAUUGGAGCCAAGGGCCCAAGAGGACAUAUUGGAGAAGUGGGCGAGAAGGGCUCUUUUGGUUUACCAGGCCGUCCCGGUUAUGUUGGUCCACCAGGGCCUCAGGGAGUCAGAGGGUUCACAGGCUCAGAGGGAAACCCUGGACCUGAUGGGGAGGCUGGGUUUGAUGGGCCUCCAGGGCCUCCUGGGACAGUGGGAGCCACUGGUUUCACAGGCCGUGUUGGCGAUCAGGGAGUUAACGGCUCACAGGGAGAGUUGGGGCCUGUUGGAGUCAUCGGCCCCAGAGGCCCCCAGGGACCCCAGGGUUUAGAUGGCGAGAGUGGGCCUCCAGGACUCAGGGGAAUCCAGGUCAGUCUCACUCAGCUGCACAGUAAUGUUCCCUAA